CGUCGCAUCAGCCUGCGGAAAACUCCACCGCAUUUCGCCAUGGCAGAAGCAAUUGCUCCAAUCGAAUGGACGGAGCCUUAUCGCGUGGCACAAACAGCCCGUUAUUCCCGACGGAAAAGCUUCGUCCCACGACAUGAAGCUCGAUAAAAUGAGCCACUAUGCAGCUGCAGAGCCUCUCGGAGCUCAAUUCAAGAUCUUGGAACACUGAAGAAUAUGGCUGCAGUAGAGCCGGCUGUCGAGUAUGCGGAUGUUCUGGUCGUAGGUGGAGGACCCGUUGGCCUCGUAACCGCCUACCAACUCGCCCGCAACCUCCCAACUUCCGCUCACCGCAUCCGAAUUAUCGAGAAACACCCCAAGUCCUCCCAAGACCAAUAUGGCCGCGCCAUCACGUUGUUCCCCCGCUCGUCGGAAAUGCUAGACCAGCUGGGUCUGGCCGAAGAGCUUGCCCAGCAGUGCUUCGCUUGUCGACACACCGUUAAUUAUGACAAGGAUGGAAAGGAGUUUCCUGGUAGAGGAUGGAGCUUCAUGGAGCAAAUGAAGGAUACAAAGUGGGACUUUGCGCUGGUGUUGAGGCAGAAAUACCAGGAAGAGAUAUUCAAAAGUGCGCUGAGGAAAGAGGGAGUAGAAUUGGAAGCGCCAUGGGAUCUGAAAGGCAUUGAAGUGAUAGAGGGUGCGGGUACAGGUGGAUACAAGGUGCUUGCCGGCAUUGAGAAUGUGGAGACAAGGGUCAAGAAGGUGGUGAAGUGCAAGUAUCUCAUUGGCGCUGAUGGCGGGAGAUCGUUCGUUCGAAGAGCGAUGAACGUACCAUUCGACGGAUCUUCCAGCGAGGAUAAGUGGGUACGCGUCGACGGCGUGAUCGAGACGGAUCUACCCAAACCGAGGACGUACUGCGCCAUCGAAAGUCCCACCCACGGGAACGUUCUCUGGGCCGCGCUUGACCAUGGAGCCACGCGAAUCGGAUACGCAUUCACCGCCGAGCGACAAAAAGCCUACAAAGAGUUCAACGAAGAAGCCGCCGUCAAGGAGGCCAUCGCAUCUGUGAAGCCAUUCUCCCUCAAAUUCAAGCAAGUCGACUGGUGGACCAUCUAUGUCGUCGGCCAGCGCAUCGCCCGCUCCUUCUUCGUCAAAGACUGCGUCUUCCUCGCCGGCGAUGCAUGCCACACGCACAGCUCCGGUGCCGCACAAGGUAUGAACACCGGUAUGCACGACACCGUCAACCUGGGCUGGAAACUGUCGCUCGUGCUGCAAGGUCUCGCUAAGCCGGAUCUCUUAUCCACCUACGAGGCGGAGCGGUUACCGAAUGUCCAAAAGCUCAUCAAUUACGACAAGGAUAUCUCGCGCCUCAUGACCAUGCAGCUCCCUGAGAACUGGAAAGGCGAUCCGGACGCUGAUCCGAAUGAGAUUCUGGGUACCGUCAUGGCGGAGGCCGCGACGUUCAGUAGCGGACUCGGUAUCUUCUACGAGCCGGAUACGUACCUCAAUCUCUUGCAGGGCUCCGGCUUAUCCUCAGUGCAACCAGGUCAGCGCGCACCGGACGUCUCUCUCCAGAAACCAGCCACUUUCGAGCCUACACGCCUGCAGGCUGAAACACCCAACAUUGCUCGCUUCUACAUCGUGCUCUUCGUAGGCGACAUCGCGCUCACUAAACCUGCCCUCGCCGCCUUUACCAAGUCGGUGGCGAACUCUCAAUGGCUUUUUGAUUCGAAGUACCCCAUAUCGUGGAUAUCCAUCUUCGAUGGGCCUGGAGGACCCUCUGCGUAUGAGACGCUUGGUGGUAUGCCCUUCGGCAGGGUGUUCUACGACGAGGAUCAUAGCGCUCAUGAGCGGUAUGGCGUAAGCGCGCAAGGGGGCGCUGUCUUCGUACUGAGGCCUGAUGGGUGGGUGGGGACAGUGGUGGAGAUGGGGGCGAGGGCCGAGGAGAAGUUGAAGAGAUACUUUGGGAGGUUUUUGAGAGUUGACGGGAAAGCUAGGCUGUAAUUUGAAC